AUGUUAGUGUUGAUCUUCUUAGCUGCACUAUUCUCAGUGCAGCAUUCUUCAGCUGAGACCAAGGUAAGAAAAUUCUAACUCUACAUUUCACAACCUGGAUAAUUGUAAAUGUUCCCCCAACAUUAUAGCAUGGAAUUCCUUUAUGGUCUACUCAUUGAUAUAUUUUGAGUACUGUACUCGAAGGAUAGUUCUUUACAAGGCUCUUAUCUACAUGUAGUUAAGUUAUCAACUCUCGCGAAAAUUAUCAAGAUAUUAUGUAAAACAAUGAAACUAUCAGAGUUGCUAUUAGUUGCAGAUUUGAUGGGUUUAGUUUUAGGUAAGAAAAUUACCUUUCUUCGCCGCACUUUUCAGUAUACACAUCAGACCCAACAAUGAGUUAGAAACAUGUUACAUUAAACGGUAAAUAUUUCUAUUGUUCAUUACAAUAUUUUUCACAAAAUCGCGAAAUUUAAAACUCCCGAAAACAGCCUUUCAAUUUUCGUUUAUAAAGUCAUUGGGGACUGAGAAAUACCCGUUUCUCUGCAUGUCAAACUGCAUGUUUCGCAACUUACAAUCAAAGGCCAAGACCUUUACAUGAUCACACUGAAAAAGCCCACGCAACACACGUAAAAUAUAUCCAAUUUCCCUGACACACGCUUACGCCUUAGCUGAAUCCUAACGGGGGAUACUUCAGGAAAAAUUCGGUGGGGGUGUGCGGCACGCUUUCUGAAACCCUUACCCUAUUUCAGACCGAAAUCUGUUAUUUUCCCUACCCUAUUUCAGACCUAACGCGUGACCGGAGCGCGUGACAAAACGUCACGGCACGUAAACGGUUGACGUAAACAUUACAAGGGAAAUGGUCUUAUCGCCUAAUGAUGAAGAAGUAGCUUCUUCUAAAAAACAUACCCAAUUCAAGACAAGCAUUCACAAACCAUACCCUAUAUUUCAGACCAAAAUGGUCGAAAUUGAUACCCUAUUUCAGACCAAAACGGCUAAAAAAACAUACCCUUUGGCGCCGCACAUACCUAUAUAGUCGAUAUAAGGGGGUACCCCCAACAUAAGGGCACCACAAACAAGCAAUCAUUUCGCCGUCAAGCAUGGUUAAUCCAGCUGAAACUUGCCGACCCAAAAUGUCCGAUGCGAGAAGGACAGUUUUAAUACGAGUUUUAACGACAGACGUGUUCAACGCAGUUAAUGAAGCCUAACACCCUUAAGUCAACAACGCUUACACCCUAUCGCAACAAGGUUGCCGCGCAUACUUAUAAUACAUUGUAAUUACAAUUUGCACUAAAACUUGUACUUUUUGUUCCAGGAAAAAAUCCCUUACUACCAGCUGUUUACACCCAUGAAGUUAGUGAGAUCAGCAAGCUUUAUCUACUAUCAACACACCGUGACUGCCACUAAACUGACCUUCCUGAGCGCACCAGUGAAUUACGCUCGCCUCAUGCAAGUACCACUCAUUCCAGCACAAACGCUAAACGCGGAUGCAAACCUUGUUAUAAAAAUGGUCAUCGGGACUGAUAUUGAUAUCGGCCAGGGAGAAAGCGAUCCCUCGUACGUGAUUUCCGACGGUCAGUUUUUUGUUGGUGUUCAUAUACGCGACAAGAACAAUUACAAAAACGCGUCUCCUUGUGAUCCACUUGAAGGAAGCAGCGGUAACACAAUGGGUAGUGAUCGUCGUUAUGGUUCGCCUUUGCCAAAGCCUGCCGAGUCUUACUACCCGGGAAGGGUCGAGACCAAGCUAAGCCUGUCUGACCGGUGGGGAACCUGUUUUACUUCCCACGAUGGCGGCUUCAGCAGUGAGAUGAUUUUUCAACACAAACUGAAUCCUCAAAAAGGCCUAUUUCUGGAAAUAUACGCUGAUGCCAGCAACGAAAAAGUCGGCAUCAAGUACAUUGAAGUGAGCAUUGUGCGGGAAAGCUGA